GUUCGCGGCCGACAGAUGGAGUCCGGGAUAUGAUUCUGAUUAGUGAUAUUGACGAGAAUGGUAUUAACACAAACCUCAAAGUUCGCUACCAGAAGGAUCUUAUUUAUACUUUCACAGGCUCCAUCCUGGUGGCCGUCAACCCCUAUAAGGAACUCACCUGCUACGAGCAGAAGAACCCACACGUCUUUGCCAUAGCUGAGGCGGCCUACCAGAGUCUACACGGCACCAACGUCAACCAGAGUUGCAUCAUCAGCGGAGAGAGCGGCGCCGGCAAGACGGAGACGACAAAGUUCAUCCUGCAGUACCUGUGUUCAGUGACCAACCAUACUUCCUUUUGGACCGAGCAGCAGAUUCUGGAGGCCAACACCGUGCUAGAGGCAUUUG